AUGUCCGAAACAAAUAAUAAUGCUAAUACUGAACAUGCUAAGAAAAAUCCAUAUGCUUCUCACGCUGCUGAUUUCUUAUCUAAUGUCAACAGUUUCCAAUUGAUUGACUCUACUCUAAGAGAAGGUGAACAAUUUGCUAAUGCUUUCUUCGAUACUGAAAAGAAAAUAGAAAUUGCUAAAGCUUUAGAUGAUUUCGGUGUUGACUACAUUGAAUUGACCUCUCCUGUUGCUUCAGAACAAUCUCGUAAGGAUUGUGAAGCCAUUUGUAAAUUAGGUCUAAAAGCCAAAAUUUUGACUCACAUCAGAUGUCACAUGGAUGAUGCUAGGGUUGCUGUAGAAACUGGUGUCGAUGGUGUCGAUGUUGUCAUUGGUACAUCAAAGUUUCUAAGACAAUACUCUCACGGUAAGGAUAUGAACUAUAUUGCCAAGAGUGCCAUUGAAGUCAUCGAAUUUGUUAAAUCUAAAGGUAUCGAAAUCAGAUUUUCUUCUGAAGAUUCUUUUAGAAGUGAUCUAGUCGAUCUAUUGAAUAUUUAUAAGACUGUUGAUAAGAUUGGUGUAAAUAGAAUUGGUAUUGCCGACACUGUGGGUUGUGCUAAUCCAAGACAAGUUUACGAAUUGGUCAGAACUUUAAGAAGUGUUGUUUCUUGUGACAUCGAAUGUCAUUUACAUAACGAUACUGGUUGUGCCAUUGCUAAUGCGUACUGCGCCUUAGAAGGUGGUGCUAAGUUGAUUGAUGUAUGUGUUCUAGGUAUCGGUGAAAGAAAUGGUAUUACUCCAUUAGGUGGUCUAAUGGCCAGGAUGAUCGUUGCCGCUCCAGAAUAUGUUAAGUCCAAAUAUAAGUUACAUAAAAUCAGAGACAUUGAAAAUCUGGUCUCCGAAGCUGUCGAGGUCAACAUUCCAUUUAACAACCCAAUCACUGGUUUCUGUGCUUUCACUCAUAAAGCUGGUAUUCAUGCAAAGGCUAUCCUAGCUAACCCAUCUACAUAUGAAAUUCUAAACCCACAAGAUUUCGGUAUGAAGAGAUAUAUUCAUUUUGCUAACAGACUCACAGGUUGGAAUGCUAUCAAGUCUAGAGUAGAUCAAUUGAAUUUGAGUAUGACAGACGACCAAGUUAAGGAAGUUACUGCAAAGAUUAAGAAAAUGGGUGAUAUUAGACCAUUAAAUAUUGAUGAUGUUGAUUCUAUCAUCAAGGAUUUCCACCAAGAGGUUACAACACCAAUGUUGAAAGGAAAAGCCCUUGCUACUUCUCCUAGUCAGUCCUCUUUGAAACUUGAUAAUGAACCACCAGCAAAGAAAGCAAAAACAUCAAAAUAG